CAUUGCAACAUCAACAGUGUGGGAAGGAUUUGCCACAACAUAUUUGAUCGAAACUACUCAGCUGAUGUUACUAUGAGAGAGAUCUUGGAUGCUGUAUAUGGACUUCUGAUACUCCCAGAGGCUGACGAUCCACUAGACAGCAUAUUAGCAGAGGAAUUCCUGACUAGCAAAGAACUCUAUGAGCAAGCAGCUAAAGAUGACACUGCAAUAAAUGCACAUCAGUCCAUGGAAACCAUUGAAAAGCAAUAUAUAGGUGAGUGCGAUGUUGAAGUGCCUCCUCAUCUGGUAUGUCCUUUGUCAGGGAAGAUGUUCAUUGAUCCAGUCAAGGCCAAAGGUGGAUAUGUGUAUGAGAGAAGAGCCAUUGAGGAACAUCUUAAGAUGAACAAUAAUGAUCCAGUAACAGGGAAGGCACUUAGGUGCACAGAUCUUACUCAAGAUAAGGACGUAAAAAAAUCUGUUGUGGAGUAUCGUACAUCCCAGAUAGAGGAAACAGAUCGCUAAAUGAAGUAGAUACUGUUUUGGCAGUGAUUCAACUGCACUAUAAUAAUCACACAAUCCUCUAUCUAUCAUAUUCAUCCUUCAUUCUCUUUUGAUUGUGGAGUACAGCUUUUUCCUUUUUCUUGUGUAGAAAUUACAAAAUUCCACUGUAUAUUAUUAAUUUGAUAUGUUGUACAAUAUUUUAUUUAUCUUUACUUAUGUAUUUAAAUAUUUAUCUUAUUUAGAACUGAUACAUUUUAAAGGUAUACAAGAGAGGUUAUUAUGGAAGCUUGGAUUAUGGAAUCCCCCACAAGAUAAAAAACAACAA